UUGCAGUAUCAAAAUUAAAUUAGUGAAAGAAACAAGUUCUUACAAAGAAGAUGAGUGCAGCUAGGUUUAUCAAGUGUGUGACCGUGGGAGAUGGCGCCGUUGGAAAAACGUGCAUGCUCAUUUCCUACACCAGCAAUACCUUCCCUACGGAUUAUGUCCCAACUGUUUUCGACAAUUUUAGUGCUAACGUGAUCGUUGAUGGGAGCACAGUUAACCUAGGCCUCUGGGACACAGCCGGGCAAGAAGAUUAUAAUCGGUUGAGGCCUCUAAGUUACAGAGGAGCUGAUGUAUUUCUGCUAGCGUUUUCUAUAACCAGCAAAGCCAGCUACGAGAAUAUAUACAAGAAGUGGGUUCCCGAGCUAAGGCACUACACCCGGAACAUACCAAUAGUUCUUGUGGGAACUAAAUCGGAUUUGAGAGAAGAUAAACAAUAUGUUAUUGAUCAUCCUGGUGCAGUAGCUAUUACAAGAGAGCAGGGUGAAGAACUGAGAAAGAUUAUUGGAGCUGUGGCGUAUAUUGAGUGUAGUGCUAAAACUCAACAGAAUGUGAAAGCCGUGUUUGAUACUGCAAUAAAAGUUGUUCUGCGACCUCCAAAAAUGAAGAAAAAGCUUUACCAAUGGAGAGGAUGCAUAUUCCUUUGAUAUAUUCAAGAUUAAUUUCUCAAAAACUUAAUAUUAUUUGCUAUUAUCUUUCAACCUUUCUUCACAUUCUCUUGUUUCUUGUUUUCUACAUUUUGGCUCUUAAUUACCUAGAAAGCUGUGGAGAUUUGAAAAAAUGGUGAAAGAUAAGCCAAGUUUGAAACAUUUAUAUGUUACCGUUUAUUCAAAUAAACAAAUACUUGAAUGACA